AUUAAAGCGUUAAAGAUGAAAACGACGACAACAUUUAUAUUUUGGUUAACAAUUGUUAUAUAUGGUGGUUUUAUUUUACCAAAUAUAUUUGCACAAAGACUAAAUGUUGGAAGACAUGCGAUGAGAAGAAAUUAUACUGGUAAAAAACCAGCACUUAUACAACAUAGAACACCAGAUGCAGUCAAUUAUUACGAUCAUGAAAAUGGUGCAAAAAUAAUUAAAGCAUCACAUUUUGAAUUGGAUUAUCAUUUAGGGCGAAAAAUAACAUUCUUUUGUAUGGCACAAGGUGUUCCAAGACCAACGAUAACAUGGUUUAAAGAUGGUUCUGAAUUAUAUCAUCAUAGAUUCUUUCAGGUACAUGAAUCUUUUAUUGGUAACAAUAUAAUUAAAUCGAAAAUGGAAAUAGAUCCAACAACGCAGAUGGAUGCAGGUACGUAA